AUGAUGAGCAUAUCAACACAGUCAACUUCAGGUUUUCUGGAUAAAGUUCCAUCUAGUUUGGUGGUAUAUACCGCAGUGAUGUUCUAUCUUUUAUCUGGAGGUAGAAUAUCUGUUUCGUUAGCGGUAGUUGUAGGGUUUUUUAUACUGCGGAAGCACAAUGAGGAAGUGUCAAGUGCGAAGGUCGAAGAGGUCGAGCCCCCAAAGAAAAAAGGAUGCUGUGGUGGUAAGAAUGGUGGUUGUUCGGGGCACAAGGUAGAUGAUAAUGGUUUACCUAUCAAGAAGAAGUCGUGCUGCGGAGGUGCAUGUAAAUCUAAAAAGGUUGAAGAUCCAGCACCAGCUGUAGAGAUUUCAUACGAUAAUGAGAUUGAUUUCACUGAUUCUUUCAAGAGGUAA